CAAACUUUCCCAGCAAAAGUGAACUUCUGGAGGUCAGGCUUCAGCUCUAGCGUAUAGUUAACAGGAACUACAUCAGUUGGGAGUCUAGUGAAUGGUUUCUUAUCCGAACUCGUCAUGAUCCUUUUCUCUCUGUCAGCAUAAGAACAACCACGAGCUCAUCAGGACAGGAGGUGUGGAGAGUGUGGAGCUUAAGGGCUCUAGCCUCGCCCAGUCAGUGUCUGAAAAUGUUUUGUGUAAGAAAUGCAUUCUCUUCAUCAGUUAAAAGAGUUCUGAGAACUAGUUUAACCUCAAAUUCAUCAGAAUAUAAUCUCAUUAGGAGUAGAUCUAUCAGUAGUGAUACAAUAAGAUCAUGGAGUGUUGGCAAAAUCAAUCAUGUAGCCAUUGCUGUCCCUGAUCUAGAGAAAGCAACUUCUCUUUAUCGUGACAUACUGGGAGCUAAUGUCAGCAAAUCAACACCAUUACCUGAACAUGGUGUGUAUACAGUAUUUGUUGAACUUGGUGAUACAAAGAUUGAGUUACUGCAUCCAUUAGGGGAGAACAGUCCCAUUGAGGGAUUUUUAAAACGUAAUCCAGCUGGAGGAAUACACCACAUCUGCCUUGAAGUUAGUGAUAUACAUAAAGCAGUUGAUUCAUUGAAAGGUAAAGUAAGAGCAUUGAACCCUGAACCAAAAAUUGGUGCUCAUGGUAAACCAGUGGUGUUCUUACAUCCUAAGGAUUGUGAUGGAGUACUGGUUGAACUGGAACAAGAAUGAUUAACAAUAAUUCUAACUAUGAAUUUUCAUUAGCAAAAUAAUGUCUUUAGCAAUAAAAUGAAUAUAAGGCAAUAGAAUUUUUACAGAGAAA